AUGGAUUUCCCGCACGCGCAGAUGCAAGCGACGCUGGCAGCGACCAACUUCUCACCAAAAUCAGUACCGUCACUCUACCCUCAACUCGCCAAGUCACAGAAGAAUUUGCAUCGCAAAGACAGCUUCGUUCCGAAACCUCCCAAAGUGCAGGAGAACACUAGCGAUAAUGGGUGCGACGACCAAGGACAGCGCCAGGCUCAUCGCAAGAGUAGUAUCAAGAACUUUGGCAGUCUCUUCGCGCGCAACCGCAGCAGUAUCGCUAGUACUAGCCCAUUGACGCAGGUCAUGAGCUCCGAGUCCGAGGGCAGAGACACAAGCGUUGAGACCGAGCGCGCAAGUCAGCAGACCACACUCGUCAGCUCGGACAUUCCUUCUCCUAGUAAUCUCAUGACUGUUGCCGAGAGAGAGAAAAUCCGCGAGCGUCACCGAAAGUUUGUCCAGCUCCAAGGCCUCGGACACGACCACCCUACCGUCUUCACCGCCGACCCAGGUGACUACUCGCAAUAUGACUACGACGAUAGCGUCGAUAAUCGGCGCUUCAGAGACGAAUGUGGAGAAUGCGAAGGCACACACGUCGCCCACGACCUUGCGAGUCCUACACCGAGCAGCCGUCACCGCCGCAACGAGUCCCUGCACGUCAACCUCAGUGCAGAAGAAGUGAAGAAGUACGCCAACGAAGUCCGCAACAUGACAAUCGCAGACGUCCACCUCUCUCUCUUCGGCUACUGGAUCAAAGAGAGCGACGAGCACUUUCAAGAGGCUAAGAAAUAUCUGAGAGAGUUGGGUCUUGAUCGCGGCUACAACCUCUCCCGCCUCAACAACUUCUGCCUCGAAGAACUCUGCCGCGACGUCCACGACAUCCGCCCCUCUGAAUCCCGUACCACGAUCCUCAAGCGACAAGCUGCCGCCGACUCCCCCUCGCAUGGGGGCAUUACGACGCCUACACGUUCUUUCUCGUCGCCCGUCAGUCCGCGGAUCGACAAGUUGCCGCCUUCACUUCACCUUCAGCGAGAAAAAGUGAUAGAAUCACAAGCGUUGAGGUCGACAUCCCUUGGUUCACCUGGGGGACGAGGCGAUUACCCACCUAACACGCCCGAUCGCCCUAUGCCACUCGCGUUCCGCUCCCCAAGUUCACCCGUAGGCUUCUUGCCGUCGCCCUCGCACUCGUCUGUCUUCUCCUCGCCUGGUCCGCCGCCUGGAGGGGUUUCAGAUGAGUUGUCCCUGCGACCGUCCUCGAUGGCUUCGUAUGAUUCGUUCUACGAUGAGACGACGGACUGGAAUAUCAGCGUUGCGGGCAUCUAUCAGCAGGUGGUUGAAUUGGAGGAUGUUGGCCAGAUCGAUAGGAUUAUUUCUGAUCUGCAGAACAUGAAGGCUUUGUACUCUGAGGAGACCUGA